UUUAAUCUGUCAGCAUUGGCUGACGUUAAUCAUUUUCGUAACAAACAAAAAGAUUUCCUAUUUCAUCACGAAACCUAAAAAGAAGUUGAAUAAUAAUUCGAGGCCUUUGCUAAAGCGGAGGCCAAAGAGCGUCAAGCGUGAUGUGAGGGCUCGUUACGAGCGAGCGUCCAUGUCCGAUUCCCAAGUGAAAGGCCAAGGGGCCAUGUUAGCACGAAGACCAUUCUAUCCAGACAGCAGUAGCGACACAGAAGAAUACAGAAGGGACGCAGAGGAUCGUCGCAAGCGUCUAUCCAAACGUAACGGUCCAAAUUUACGUCGCGUUCCAUCAAAUAUGCCGCCGAAAAAUCAAACUCCUAACGGGCCUAUUCCGUCGACUUCCACACAAGAUCUUCCGAAGAACGGCCAGAAAAACCUUUUGGGUGAUGAUAGGAUCACUCUAGUGGUCGACAAUACGCGAUUUGUGUUUGAUCCCGCCCAGUUUACAGCACAUCCCAAUACCAUGCUUGGGAGAAUGUUCAGUUCUGGUAUAGAGUUCACACAUCCUAAUGAGAGAGGAGAGUACGAAGUAGCAGAAGGCAUAUCAGCAACUGUGUUCCGGGCUAUAUUGGAGUACUACAGAGGAGGCACCAUCAGAUGCCCUCCCACUGUCUCCGUGCAAGAGUUGAGGGAGGCAUGUGACUACCUGCUUGUGCCAUUUGAUGCCAACACUGUUAGAUGUCAGAACCUCCGAGGCUUGCUCCACGAGCUAUCCAACGAGGGUGCCAGGCGUCAGUUCGAAUGCUUCCUCGAGCGGCUCAUCCUGCCCCUAAUGGUGGAGUCAGCGCGGCGGGGGGACCGCGAGUGCCACGUGGUGGUGCUGCUGGAUGACGACUCGGUGGAGUGGGACGAGGAGUACCCUCCGCAGAUGGGCGACGAGUACAGUCAGACGGUGCUGUCAACGCCGCUCUACCGCUUCUUCAAGUACAUCGAGAACAGAGAUGUAGCUAAGCAAGUAAUGAAAGAGAGGGGACUGAAAAAAAUCCGUCUCGGGGUCGAAGGUUACCCGACGUACAAAGAAAAGGUCCGCAAGAGGCCCGGGGGUCGCGCGGAGGUCAUCUACAACUACGUGCAGAGGCCGUUCAUCCACAUGUCCUGGGAGAAGGAGGAGGCGAAAAGCAGACAUGUCGAUUUCCAGUGCUUCAAGUCCAAAUCCGUCACCAACUUGGCUGAGGCGACCGCUGAUCCCGUAAUCGAGUUGGAUCCGAUCAGAGCAAGGGAAGAGGUUGAGGUUCAAGACCCGGGGGAGGUUCAGGAGGAGGAGCAGUGAUUGCUGGUGCCGCGUAAGGCGGUGCGGAUCCUGAUGGCCUUCUUCUGCUGGUACUCUAUGUGAUGGAGAAGGUGGAUUGUGAGGUGCUGUGUCGAACUGACACUGGCUUCGUGAGAUAGUGGACUGAUGAAUUCGAAUAUCCUAGUUUAAAGGGUGCAUAUAAUUUCGCCUCUGUUUUUGGUUAAAGGAAAAUGCAGGGCUUUUAAGCCGGGUGUAUUUUGACAACAAAAUAAAUAUUACUAGGCACUUUCUGUAUGAGAUAUAUACUGUGAUUGGUACUGCCUGAGAUAAUCGAGAUAUAUUUUAUGUCGAUCAUAAGUUCAGUUUAACCCUUUGGUCAAUAAUAGUAAACCAUAAACAUUUAAAUAAAAAAAAGCAAAUAAAAUUACUAAAUAGAGAUAUUCUUAUGUUUUUAUUAUUUUAUAUCAAUGAUUAUGGUUUUUUUUUUUUAAAACAGCUAUUUAAUUUUGAGGGACACUUUUAAAUUUAGUUCCUUUACCCUUUCUACGAUGAAGGCCUUAUAUAUAAACAUUGUGGAAAAACAACAUCUUUAAAUUCCGAGUGUUAGUCGGUUGUAAGCGAUGAAUUUUUUAUCUUAAUCCUAUUUCUGGUACUAUUAUUGAUCUAAGCUUUUGCCGAAUUUGAUUUGAUAUAACAGAACAAAUGCCUCAUUGGUCUGUUUGUUAUAUCCUGGGGUUGAUACCGGAUCGGGCAUUAUUUGGCAUAUCAAUGUUAGACAAAAUGGCUGGAAUUAUUUUAGUAUUUUAUUUGUCAUGAAGAAAAUUAGGAAGAAUCCAAAGAAAAAGUCACUUCGGAUUACUUUCUUUAGGAGGUACGAAUUUCAUUCAGUAGCCCGAUUGUACGUUGGAUUGCAAAUAAGCAUAUUGGCUCCUACACACGGGCCAACAUUGGGAGUUGGCUACUCUGUGUCGAUUUUUUUAAAGGAAAUGUUUGUACCAAUAUUCGAGUUCUCACAGUAUUACCGCGGCUCGCAACGAGAGAAUAUGGGUUGAAUCGCGAUACAAUGUCAUCUACGUGAAAAUUAAAAAGGGUUUGAAUUUUUGCAGACCUAAAAAUGGAGGAGGUUAUUAAUUCGGACGUUUGUUUUUUUAUAUUCGGAUAUAAACUCCGUCAUCUAUCGACGAUUUGCAAAUUCCUUUUUUUUAUGCAAAAGCUUUAUUCCGAAAUAAUACCAUUCAAAUUUUAUAUGAAUGAUUAAUUAAAAAAAAAAAGAAACUUUUUUUUAUAACAAUAUUUAUUUGAGAAAUCGCAUUUUUUAUCCUGAGUAAUGAAAAAAAAUCUAAGGUACUUAAUCUAAGCAUUUUUUUCAUGAACAAAAAGUAAUGACUGUAUUGUAAAAACACUUCAAAAUUAGACUGACCCUACCUAGAGGAAUCUUUUGGAUUAAGUUAAUCUCCAAACUUGGCGCCUAACGGGUGGAGUCGGUGUUAAACAAAAUGGCGGCGGAAUAAAUAUGUGUGCGAUCAGCUAAAAACUUAUAUAACUCUUAUGAUACUGUUAUUAAUGUUCUUGUAUGUCGAUACACUUAUAUUUGGUUAAUAUAAGAUAAUAUUGAUGGCUUUGAAUUUAAAAAUAUCGUCGUUGAGAGUCCUGCACCGCGUAACUUACACAGUUCAAUCAUUACUCCCCCUUACUACGAUCGUUUAAAUAGUGUUAUUUUAAUAUUGAUGGUGUUUUGUUUUAGAAUUGUAGACUGCUCGGGAAAAUUACAAUUUGUAUUGAUAUUUAUGGAUAAAAAUUAUUAAGAUAUGUUCGGUUUUAUAUAUAUAUAAAUACUACAAUAAAAGAAAUUUGGGACAGUUUUACAACAAAUAAAAUGUAGUUUUAAAAUAAUACUGCUUUAAGUGUUGGUAGUAAGGCCCUGUUGUUAAGUCACGCGGUAUCACGCUUUCUACGAUGACAUAUAAAUGUAAUAUAUUCCAAAUGAUACUGUGUUCUUUUUAUAUUAUAUUGAUUAUAUACAG